GAAUUCAGGCUAUAUCGAGGCAGUUCGCACAGUAUGCACAUAUGCCAAUUAGAGACUCACCAAUUUCAGUUCUAAAACAUCAAUGGGAAGAUUCAAACAAACAAUACCAAGUGACUAUUAUUAUUAUUAUGUAGCCCAGUAAAUAAAGUUUUGGUAUUUAUAGUAAGUGAUUUCUAGCUUCAAAUUUCAGUGAGCACAUAAAAACAAAGAUCCAAGCAUAUUCACCUGAUGAAUUCUAAAUUGAAUGAAUUGUUCAUUCUAUAUUUCAUUGCUUUUCCCUAUUGUUACGUAGUGGUAGUAGUAGUAGUACAAGUAAAAUAUGAUUGGUCACUGAUCGUAGACAAAUAGGUAUGUGAUCACUUUUCCUCUUGUUGAUUUCUACUUCGGACUCACUGAGAGUAACUGUUUGUAAUUGUGCAGAAUAAAGUAUUAUUUAUUCUUUACUUCGGUUCUCUAUUUUGGAUGUUGAAUCAUGAAUCUGAUAUAACAUGGCUAGUCUUAUUAUCAUAUUCAUGUGUUAUCGUACUAUACGUGAUAGAGAGAAGAAUAUUUUAGACCAUCAGUUAAAUCACCUAUUAAACAAAUUUGUGAAUAAUUAGUGAUUAACUUAGUUAAUACAGAAUGUGUUUUUUUUUCAUUUGUAAAAGUGUGUAGAGUAAUUUUGUAUUCAUCAUACAUUAUGCUUACAUUACCAUUGCCUGAUGAUGCAUAUGGUCAAGAUUUGUAUAUGUUAAAUAAAUGUUUAGAUGAUAUUGAAUGGUUUGAAAAGAAAUUAAGAAAAAGUUUAAGAUCAUCACCACAAGAACUUGAUGAUAAACAUAUUAUCAAUACCAAAUCAAAUACUGAUGAACCGCCAAAUUCUACUAUCACAAUUGAUUGUUUACAAAAAAUUAAAUAUUCAUUAAAUAUUAUUGAAAAAAUUCGUAAAAAAAUUCCAUAUCUAUCUAAAGAAAUUUUUAUUUAUUUAAUUAAAAUUAUAUGUAAAAUUCAUUUAAUUGCUAAAACAAAAAAAUUUAUUCAUUAUAAUUGUAAUAUUGUUAUUGAUGUAAUUGAACCAUUAUUAAAUGAAGAUACAAUUACAUCAAUAUUUAAAUUAUUAUCAAUUAAAACAAAAGAAUUAUGGUUAGAACUUGGACCUGCAUGGAAUACACCAAGCUCAAAGUGGCCCAAUCCACUGAAUAUUUAUAUGCCAAUAUUUCAUCAUCCAUUAAAAAAAAGAUACAGACAUCGAUCAAAUGAAGUGAUUAAUCGAAAUCCAGUUUUUAAUUCACGAAUAAUCCUGAAAGGAUCAUCAGAACUCAGUGAUGAAUAUGAUCCGCAUUUUCAUGGUUGUAAAUUGACCGUGGGAAGAUUGAUACCUGGUAAUUUAUGUUCUGAUGGAUAAAGUAUUUAAUCAAACAACAUAAUUACUUCUUAAGUUGUCAUCGUCAUCAAAUGGAAUAGCUUUUAUACUGUGUAACUAUCAUCACAACAUUAAUGAAAGCACAAUCUUAUUAUAAUGGUAUUUAGAAUUGACAAAAAAUGAAUUAUUCUUAGGUGUGUGAUUCAACUGAACUUUUAUUUGACCCUAUUUAGUCAGUUGGAUUACUUUUUACAGUUUAUCUGACAAUUUAAUUUUUUUUUUAAAAUGAAAACUCUUGUAUUAACGCUAUUUAAAUGGGUUAGACUUAGUAUUAUUUUAAAAAACAACUUACUUCAUAGUGUUUGCUUAUCGAAAUAGCAUAAGUGUUAUGCUGAAAACUCCCUUUCUCAUAAUGUAUUGUUAUGACCUGUCAGUUAAAAUAAGCAACUUAUUCGAAAAUUAUUUAACGGGAAGUUUUUAGCACCUUGGAAUACUGAAGUCAAUUUGGAUAUGAAUGCACUUAAAAAUUGUUUUUGCUAAUCUCAAUAGUAUAAUAUGUUAUGUGAUUGAAGGCAAUCUAAAACAUUUCCUACAUGUGCGCUUCUUGGCGACUGAUUUCGUGUACCAAUAUAUUUCUAUUCAAAUAUUUCAGCUUGAGUUACAUAGUACUGCAAUUACAGAUGGUACAGCUAAGCUAUUUGGAAUGUGACUAAUCUUCAAUAUGCUACUUAUCAGCGAUUCUUUAGUUACUUUUCCCUCACUCUUAUUUAUUUAAUGUAGAAAGAAUAGAAACAUUAUUCAGCAAUAUACUUGAGAAACAGUAAAACACUCGAUAACUGAAAAGAAUUUUGAACUUGAUUUAGAACUGACUGAGUUGAUUCAUUAUUUAGCUUGAAUCUACUUAGAACUUGGUUUCAGAUACAUGUUUUUUCCCUAAUUCCAUAUCUUAUACUUAUUUUUUAGUUAUUAGGUUACAUUUUAAAAUAACAUUGGAAUAUUUUGACAUUUUUCAAUAUGAAUCAUUUGCAUUUCAUGAAAUCAUAUUUACUUAUUAUUAUUAUAAGCUUUAUUCAAUAUUAUAUUCUUGGUACGAUAUAGAAUUCUCAGUACAAUGUAUUUCAAC